CUCCAGCGCUCGCUCGCUGCUGCGGUGUGUUUAGAGGGAAAGAAACAGCAGGCCCGAAAAAUACACACAUUAUUGAACAAAAAAUAAAGUGUCCACUGCGAACAGGUCUUGAGAAUUCAUCGAGAUAUGGCUGAGAAACUAUUUUUUUUAUUAGCACCCAUGUGAGGUGUAGAAGGAGAAUGCAUGUGAAAUGCAACUUUUGCGGGGAUCUAAAGUUUCUGAAAAAAAUCAUACAGUUUUGGAAAGACAUAACGAAUUUUGAACAUGCAAAAAAACCACCAAGAAAAAUCACCUGUUGGAGCUUCUUCUCAGAGUGACAUAUGCCCUAAAAACUACACGUAUAAAUGAGAAAAUGUUCCAUGGCAAAGACCAGCUGAACGGCCACCUGCAGAACCACGACCCCAACAAGCAGGAACUGCGGUGUGAGGAAUGUGGAAAGUGUUACAACACUCGCCUGGGUCUGAGACGCCACGUGGCCACACAUGCCACCUCGGCCGGCGGUGACCUCACCUGUAAGGUCUGUCGUCAGGUGUUCGAGAGUAUGCCGGCGUUACUCGAGCACCUGAGUACACACACUGGCCGGCCGCCCCCAGGGACUGUGGUUCGGGAAAGGAAGCAUCAAUGUGAGCGUUGCGGCCGGCGCUUCUUCACUCGCAAAGAUGUAAGACGCCAUGCGGUCGUGCACACCGGCCGGCGGGACUUCCUGUGCCCACGUUGCGCCCAGCGAUUCGGCCGCCGUGACCACCUCACCCGACACCUGAAGAAAAGCCACGCGCAAGAGUUGGAGACCCUGCCGCCGAUGCCCAUUAAGGAGGAGCCUAGUCCCACCAUGUGCUCUGUCGGAUCUCCGAAAGAUGCCACCGAAGCGUUUUCCAUGGCCAUGUUCAACCCGCAAGGCUUUCCGAGCACAUCUACCUCAGGGGUCAAUCAUCAUCAUCAUCACACGAUGGUGUCUGGCCCCCUGUCCAGCCCCAUGGGUGUGGGCUGCUACCUCGAGCCAAACAAGCCUCCGCCGCAGCAGUACCAGCAGGCUCCCAGAUAUCAGCCGAGCUGCACUACCUCAUAUCUAAAAACAGAGAUGGAGAACUUCUUGACCGAACUCCAGUGCGGGCCUAUGCCGCCGCAGGCCGCCGUGGCAACUGCUGUUUCCCGGCCAGGCGACCUCCUUCCCGAGGGUCUGGGAGCUCAGAGUGCCCAUUUCACCCUCAGAAACUCGGCGUUCACCUCCGCCGAGCCGCCCACCACCUCCUCCAACAUGGACCUUUCGCACCUGCUGGGCUUCCUGCCGUUCGGCCUGCCUCCCUACAGCACUCCUUUGGGAUACUCCACCACCACCAGCGCCGUGUCCCAAAGCCCUACCUCUCAGUUCUCUGGGCCACUUACCUCAUUUCAGCCACAGUCACUGCAUGAGCCUCAGGCUUCAGGGCACUUAAACCAGCUCUCUGGUUUCUCACCAACUCUACCUCGAUUCCAUCAGGCCUUCCAGCAAUGAUGUUGCCUGUGUCCACUAUGACCUGCCAGUCAAACGCAACAAAUCUGUUGCGUCAUUGCCAAGUAGCUUAAAUGUAAUGAACUGGAUACAUUGAGUGGGUGCGAGGUCUUCAAAUGAAUCCUGUAGAAAUAGAUGAGAUGAUCACUAGGAUAGAUGGAGUUUUGCUUUUAGGAUAGUUUUAACUUGGAGGUUUUUCCCAGAGGGUCUUCUGAGUAACUGUUUUGUAGUGUUAAAUGAACUCAAAUUAAUGAAACUGAAAA